CCUCCCUGCCCGUCAUCCCAAACCCCUCCUCGCUAGGAGGGACCUAAGGGCUUUUCUGUGGCUCCGGCGCGGACAAGGGCACAGAGCCCCCCGGAGCCGAGCCCCGCUCUGCCUGCCGGGCGGCUCAUGGGGAGCCGGGGGGCGGGUGGGGAGCGCAGCCCCCUCCCGGUGCCCGCGGACGAUGUGAUCGGUCCGGCCUCGGCUCCGUGCGGGCUCGCUCUGGGCAUCCGCAGCCCCCGAUGAGGAAGCAGCAUGUUGACCAGCAUCACUGAUGGGAUCCUGUGUUGCCUCACGGGCAAGGCGACCAGCGCGGUGGGGCCCCUGGACAGCGUCGAGUCCCGCGAUGGCUUCAGCUUCGUGGAGGUGAAGCCAGGGCGGGUGCUGCGGGUGAAGCAUGCCCUGCCAGCCCGGCCCAGAGAGGAAGCGGUGCCCGAGGACCCCGCGCCCGAGCGGGGCACGGUGCAUUGCAAGCGUAAGAUCACCGUGUACCGCAACGGGCAGCUGGUCAUCGAGAACCUGGGCGAUGCCCUGCGCGCCGAGAUCCUGCAGUGCCCCAACGGCACCGUGGAGCCGACCGGCACCGUCGAGCUGGAGCUGUCCGAUGCCGCGGGCCAGGCCCCGGUGCCCACCCCUACCCGCGAGGCGGUGGCCCCCGGCCGGCAGCGCAAGCGCAAGCCCAAGAAGGUGGUGAGCAUCGACUGCCAGAAGCGCAUCACCAGCUGCAAGGGGACGCAGGGCGACAUCGUGCUCUUCUUCAUCCACGGCGUGGGUGGGUCCUUGCACAUCUGGAAGGAGCAGCUGGACUUCUUCACCAAGCUGGGCUACGAGGUGGUGGCCCCCGACCUAGCUGGGCACGGCAGCAGCUCCGCGCCGCAGGUAGCGGCCGCCUACACCUUCUACGCCCUGGCCGAGGACAUGCGGGCUGUCUUCAAGCGCUACGCCAAGAAGAGGAACAUCCUCAUCGGCCACUCUUAUGGCGUCUCCUUCUGCACCUUCCUGGCACACGAGUACCCAGACCUGGUGCACAAAGUGAUCAUGAUCAACGGCGGGGGCCCCACGGCGCUGGAGCCCAGCCUCUGCUCCAUCUUCAACAUGCCCACCUGUGUCCUCCACUGCCUGUCCCCCUGCCUGGCCUGGAGCUUCCUCAAGGCCGGCUUCGCGCGCCAGGGUGCCAAAGAGAAGCAGCUGCUGAAGGAGGGCAACGCCUUCAACGUCUCGUCCUUUGUGCUGCGGGCCAUGAUGAGCGGGCAGUACUGGCCGGAGGGCGACGAGGUGUACCACGCCGAGCUCACCGUGCCCGUGCUGCUGGUCCACGGCAUGCACGACAAGUUUGUCCCCGUGGAGGAGGACCAGCGCAUGGCCGAGAUCCUGCUGAUCGCGUUCCUGAAGGUGAUCGACGAGGGCAGCCACAUGGUGAUGCUGGAGUGUCCCGAGACCGUGAACACCCUGCUCCACGAGUUCCUGCUCUGGGAGCCCGAGACGCCGGCCCAGGAAGGGAAAGGAGGGGAGAAGAAAUGAGCCAGCCUGGGAGCGGGGCCGCCCCGACCAGAGGGACUUGGCACGAGCACGGAGGUCUGGCUUGGCCCUGGCAUGGGGGCUGCAGGGGCAGGGCCCGGAGGGCACAGGCCAGAGGAGCCAGCAGACCUGGACGGGGGGCAGCCACCCCAGAGCCCCUCCAUCCCCUUCCUUGGCAGCAUCCCCCUCCCCUGUGCCGCAGGGCCCUGCUCCCGGCACGGCGGAGCCCGGCGACUCCUUCAGCUGCAGGGGCUGAGAUCAGACCCGCUGCGCUGCAAUAGCGCAGGGAAGGGGCUCUCCCCUCCUGCACCCACAGGCCAGAGGAGGACAACACCCACGAGCUGGCUCCCAGCACCUGGAGCUGCCUCCAGCCGGGGAAGCGGGUGCCUGCCCCCAGCCUGGGGGGCAUUGGCUUCCCCAGCCGGCGAGGCCUUUCCUGGCUACAGCUGAUGGCAGCAGCAGCGGCCCACCCCCUGCCCAGGAGGCGUGCAAGGAAGGGGGGUUCAGCAUGCACGGGUGCUGCGGCUGGCGGGGGGA